UAAAGGAAACUCCAGGAGGGGGAAAUAAGGAGGAAUAAUGCACUAGAGGAAGGAGGUUGAUAGUCGUUACAGAGAACCAGCAGCACCUACAGCAAUUGACAUCCUGCUGCAGUGCCGCUACCUUCGCUGACUGAUACUGUCAAUGGAGCUGGAAAAUAUUGUUGCCAAUACUGUCUUGCUGAAAGCCAGGGAAGGGGGUGGAGGAAAGCGCAAAGGCAAAAGCAAAAAGUGGAAGGAAAUCUUGAAAUUCCCUCACAUUAGCCUGUGUGAAGAUCUCCGAAGAACAAUAGAGAGAGAUUAUUACAGUUUAUGCGACAAGCAGCCAAUUGGAAGGCUUCUCUUUCGGCAGUUCUGUGAAACUCGACCGGAGCUUGAGUGUUGCAUUAGGUUCCUUGACUCGGUGGCAGAGUAUGAAAUUGCUCCAGAUGAAAAACUGGGAGAGAAAGGAAAGGAAAUCAUGAUGAAAUACCUCACCCCAGAGAAGUCUGCGCCAGUAACCAACAAACACAGAUCUGUCCUUGACUACCUAAGUGGAGAGCCAUUUCAAGAAUACCUAGACAGCAUGUACUUUGAUAGGUUUCUGCAGUGGAAGUGGUUGGAAAGGCAACCAGUAACGAAAAACACAUUUAGGCAGUACAGGGUACUAGGAAAAGGUGGUUUUGGGGAGGUCUGUGCUUGCCAAGUCCGAGCGACAGGGAAAAUGUAUGCCUGCAAAAGAUUAGAGAAGAAGAGAAUAAAAAAGAGGAAAGGCGAAUCCAUGGCAUUAAAUGAAAAGCAGAUUUUAGAAAAAGUCAAUAGUCAAUUUGUAGUUAACUUAGCCUAUGCCUAUGAAACAAAGGAUGCACUGUGUUUAGUUCUGACCAUAAUGAAUGGGGGUGACUUGAAGUUCCACAUCUACAACAUGGGAAACCCAGGCUUUGAGGAGGAGAGAGCUUUGUUUUAUGCAGCAGAGAUUCUUUGUGGCUUGGAAGACCUGCAUAGAGAAAACACUGUAUACAGAGAUUUGAAGCCAGAAAAUAUCCUGUUAGAUGAUUAUGGUCAUAUUAGAAUAUCUGAUCUGGGUCUAGCUGUUAAAAUCCCGGAGGGUGACUCAAUCCGUGGAAGGGUAGGAACAGUAGGGUAUAUGGCUCCAGAAGUCUUGAACAAUCAGAGAUACACCCUCAGCCCUGACUACUGGGGGCUAGGUUGCCUCAUUUAUGAAAUGAUUGCUGGACAAUCACCAUUUCGUGGAAGGAAAGAGAAGGUAAAGAGAGAAGAGGUGGACAGGAGAGUCCUGGAGACUGAAGAGGUGUACUCCCAUAAAUUUUCUGAGGAGGCCAAGUCUGUCUGUAAAAUGCUACUAACCAAAGACGUGAAGCAGAGGCUGGGAUGUCAGGGGGAAGGUGCAGUGGAAGUGAAGAAGCACCCAUUCUUCAAGAGUAUGAACUUCAAACGAUUAGAGGCAGGAAUGUUGGACCCUCCCUUUGUCCCUGAUCCCAGAGCAGUAUACUGCAAGGAUGUGUUAGACAUCGAGCAAUUCUCCACAGUGAAAGGGGUAAACCUGGACCAAACAGAUGAUGAUUUCUAUUCCAAGUUUUCCACAGGAUCCGUAUCUAUUCCAUGGCAGAAUGAGAUGAUAGAAACAGAGUGUUUUAAAGAGCUAAAUGUAUUUGGACCAAAUGGUACUAUUUCACCGGACCUAAACAAAAGCUACCCCCCAGAGCCACCCAAGAAAGGAUUACUACAUAGAAUAUUUAAACGUCAGCAUCAAAACAAUUCAAAGAGUUCACCGAAUUCAAAGGCGAGUUUAAAUCACCACAUAAAUUCAAACCAUGAUCAAAGGACUUCAAAAGGGAAUCCCAGGCCUUCUGGAAAUCAAAUGGCCCCCAAGGAACCAUCACUACCAGGAAAGAAGAAACAUGUCAGAUAGUGCCUGGAUUAUAAAUGUAUUUUCCAUUCUUGUCAUUCCACAGCUGUUCAGUGUGUUUAUUAACCAGUCCAUGUGAGUUAUAUUGUAUGUGCUGAGUGCAAUCUCCUUUGAUUGCACUUCUUUUAAAUACUGGACACUUGUCUAAAAGAUUCAACUUUUUGCCUUUACUUUGAAGGUGGAGGAUGUAAAAACUUCAUUUUGCAUUUCCAAGCAAUGUAGAUAGAUCUAAAAAUUUCAUGAACCAUCUUGUAUUUGCCCAUAUCUGACUAAUGAUUAAAUUGUAAAACUGCA